CUCUGCAUGGCCGCAGCAUUAUAGCUCAUGUACAUGACAAGCAAUGUUGGAGUCUCUCUCUCUCUCUCAUGAAUUUUGGAGUGAAUGCUACGUGUGGGCUGAUGCAUGAUGGGGUUUCGACGGAUGUAAUGAUGUGCAAAGAAUAUGGUUCCAAGGAAUAUAAGCAUUGGAACUACUGGGGAGCCUGGUAAUUGACUCAAUCUGGACACGCCAAAACGAAAAGAGUGAGAGAGAAACUGGUGAGAAAGCAAGCGAUGAAGGAGAUGAAUUGGGAAAACAACUCCAACAAUCUGGUUCAAAGUCUGACAAACGGUGACUCCGAGAAGAUUUCAACAUCUAGAUUUUCUUCUCUUUUGGCUUCUAAGGAUCGGGAUUAUCUUCUCUCCUCCAGUGAAGCUGAAGCUGAUCAGCAGGUGAAAAUUUCGGAUCUUGAGGGCAGGGUGAUUGGCCUUUACUUCUCAGCUAACUGGUAUCCGCCGUGUAGAAAUUUCAAUCAAGUACUUGUCGAUGUCUAUGAGCAGCUGAAGAGCAAUGGGUCUAAUUUUGAGAUUGUAUUUGUGUCAUCUGAUGAAGACUUGGAUGCCUUCAACAAUUACAGGAAAACCAUGCCAUGGCUCUCAAUUCCAUUCUCUGACUUGGAGACAAAGAAGGCCAUGAACCGAAAAUUCGAGGUCGAGGGCAUUCCUUGCUUAAUUAUUUUGCAGCCUGAAGAUAACAAGGAUGGUGCAACUUUCUAUGAUGGUGUGGAACUCAUUUACCGGUAUGGGGUCGAAGCAUUCCCAUUUACCCAAGAGAAGUUGGAGGAAUUACAAAGGGAAGAGAGGAUGAGGCAUGAGACUCAGACGUUGAAGAAUUUAUUAACAAACCCUGAUAGAGACUAUAUUUUGGGCCAAUCCAUAACUAGAAAGGCGCAAGUGGAUUCCUUGAUAGGCAAGACAAUUGGGCUCUACUUCUCAGCUCAAUGGUGCCUUCCAGGUGUUAAGUUCACUCCCAAGCUUAUAUCCAUCUACCAGAAAAUCAAGCAAACCUUGGAAGAAAAAGGUGGUGAGGACUUCGACAUAGUUUUUGUGUCGAAUGAUCGCGAUCGGAGUUCGUUUGACUCCUACUUUGGUUCCAUGCCAUGGCUAGCUUUGCCUUUCGGAGACCCCGGCAUUAAAAGGCUUGCAAAGUACUUCGAUGUGCAAGGCAUUCCAUGUUUGAUAAUCAUAGGGCCUGACGGCAAAACAGUAACCAAGCAAGGAAGAAAUCUUAUAAACCUGUACCAGGAAAAUGCAUACCCUUUCACCGAUGCCAAAGUGGAGUUGCUAGAGAAAGAAAUGGAGGAGGCAGCUAAGAGCUUACCAAGAUCCGAGUACCAUGCAGGACACCGCCAUGAGCUUACCUUGGUAUCAGAAGGUACUGGAGGAGGGCCCUUUAUAUGCUGCGAUUGUGAUGAGCAGGGUUCUGGUUGGGCUUACCAGUGCCUGGAAUGUGGGUACGAGGUGCACCCCAAGUGCGUCAGAGCUGUGGCCCCAGGCUCAAUUGAAGGAAGCUGAUCAUUGUCAGCUGGAGCUGCACCUAAUGUUUGCUAAUGGAAGCUUUCAUUCUGCCAUAACCAAAGAUUUGUCAGACCUCCGUUUGUUAUAAUUUGGCUUUCCCUUGGUGAUCUAUAUACGCUAUGGUGGUUUUCUAUUAUUUUAGCUAAGCCAUGAACAUCAACAUUUGACAGUAACAAGAAAAACGUGUUUUCCCAAGCCAGCAUUCUUGUGUGGUUGGAAGCUGAUGCUCCUUAUUUUCUUUACUGCUUUCUCAUAGUUAAAGAAAUUCCCACGGAGGAAAUGGUUGUAGAAUCGGUGAUAACAGUACUAGUGAUAAUUCCCCCGCAUGGCCGGGGGUGUCAAAGUGCACAAGGCUCCACAUGCAAUAAGGAUGUCUUGCACUUUGCCAUUACCAAAUUUCUUUUCUUUAAUAAAAAAGGUGUGCAUUUAAUUUA